AUGGAUGAAUCAAACACAGAGAAGAAUCCAUAUAUGAAUCAUGGCAUACAGGUGGUCGUCGGUCACUACAGUGGAAAUCUUGCCAGAGAUAAACUACUCAACCUUACUGAAGAGCAACUCAAUGCGAAUAACUAUGCACCAAUCCCCGGCGUCGGAGAUGAUGGACAAGCGGUGAGGUUAAGCGAAAUUGAAGAGCGUCUUGCCGACGACACCUUCGGCAUCAAUCAGGUUUCCUUCGCUGAAAGUGGUGGGGGACCACGCUUGGCUGAUUAUGACGUAAGAAAAAGGGAUCUGAAUUUUUCAGCACCGUCAGAGCUGCCUAGCACAAGUAUCAUAAUCGUGUACCACAAUGAGGCAUUUUCGACGCUGAUGCGCACCGUUAUGUCGGUCAUUUUGCGUUCGCCGCCCGAAAAUCUUAAAGAAAUCAUUUUGGUCGAUGAUUUCAGCACAAGAACAUUUUUGAAAGCUGAUCUGGACAACUUUGUUGCUCAGCUGGGUGUCCACGUAAAAGUGAUCCGGGCGAAAGAGCGUGUGGGUUUGAUCAGAGCUCGGCUGAUGGGUGCUGCGGAAGCACAAGGCGAUGUGUUGACCUUUCUGGAUUCACACUGCGAAUGCACCAAAGGAUGGUUGGAACCGCUUUUAUCACGAAUCAAAGAAUAUAGGUAA